CUUCGCUGCCUCGAUGAUACAGCGACAUCAUAUCGCAUUCCUUUGUUUCCAGCCAUCAACCACGUUCACAGUUUCCUACACCCUCGCCCCUUCGUCACCCUAGCUGGGACCAGCAGGGACCCCUUAGCUAUUCGCGAUGGUUAACACGGGGCGCCAGCGUCAGACCCGGAGUAAUGCCCCUCCUCCCUCCUCAGUGACGCUAUCCGCCACCGCGGUCCCAUGUCCACCUCGAGUGAACCAAAGACGACGUGCCCGGCACGAGCUUGCCGACGAAGAGCCCCCAGAGGAGCCCUUCCACAGACCGGCUUUCCAAAGAGCUCUUGCCGAUACCAGGGAUAUCGUCAUGGCACUGGCCACUGUCCUUUCAGAAAACACCCACGGAGAUGCCAGCCUCAUCAAGGGUUUGGGAGAUGAAGCUGUUCGACUAUCUCGCUUUGAGCUGCCUGCUACACGUAUGCUUGGUCUCGUCGGGGGCUCCGGCACUGGAAAGUCUAGCUUGAUCAACUCUAUUCUCGAUGUUCCCAACCUCGCUAGAAGUAGUAACGGUGGAGGCGCCUGUACUUGCGUGGUCACCGAGUAUCGCUAUCAUGGCCGGAACGACUACGAGAUCAAGAUUGAAUGGUUCACCCGCGAGGAGAUCUGCUCUCAGAUCGAGCAGCUACUCGCAGACUAUCGAAACUACCCUGAGAAUCAAGAUUGGGCUGAAAUCCACGCGGAUGAGGAGACCAGACGACGCCUGGAGGACACCUCGAUCCUUGCGCAAAACACCCUGAAGGUCAUGUUCAGCCUUGCUGACACGGCAGCGCUCCUCGAUGGGACGCAGGAGGAUGUUGCACAGUGGCUCCUUGCCCGCUUCGAUGCCACAUCCCAGGAGCGAGUUGGUCUUUCCACUAUUGUGGCCGAGGACGUCGACGAAGUCAUUAGUGCCCUUCUCACAUUGACAUCAGACCCGAGAAAUCCUGGCCCAGAAGGAGCACGCUGGCCGUUCAUCAAAAGAGUGAACGUAUUCCUGAAAGCACAUAUCCUGAAGACAGGCCUUGUUCUCGUCGACCUUCCCGGAUUGCGUGAUUCCAAUCCAAUCCGUAGCAAGCUCGCUGAGCGAUACGUGAGACAGUGUGAUGAAAUUUUUGCAGUUUGCGAGGUUGGUAGAGCAGAGACGGACGAAACUGUGGAGCGCAUCUUCCGCCUCGGCGAGCAAGCCAGGCUGAACAAUAUCGGAAUUGUUUGCACCAAAACGGACGUUCUCGAUGCAUUGGAGGAACGCGCAGAGGCUCUGAAAGACAGAGAUGUGGAGGUGGAGCGGAGAAUCAGCGAGCUGAUUUGUGAGGAGGAGAAGGCCAGGAAUAAUCUCGACGAGCUGGUGCGAAGGAUCGAAGAUGAGUUCGACAUUCAUGACGACUUGAACGAGGCAGAGUUGCGUGAAAAGCACAACCUGGACAUGCAAAGGAUCCAGGCGAGGAAAACAAGGAACAACGUUAGUCUAAGUCUCACGAGAUACCUCAUCAACAAUCGGAGUGAGGUCGUCACCAAUGGCCUACAGCGGAACUUUUCCAAAAGGCUCGCAGCAGGGGCCAGACCUCUCAACAUUUUCUGCGUCAGCAACACGCUGUAUUGGGACAAUAGAAACCGAGAAAGUGGCGAGGCCCUUCCGUACCUCGAGCUAAGCGGUAUCCUCUCCCUGCGGCAGCACUGUCUCUCCCUUGUUGGGAGGGCGCAGCACGCCCACGCCCUUGGGUACAUCAACGAUUCCGUUCAGGGUCUCAUCGCCUCCACGAAGCUAUGGGUCGAAACAGGCGCGGGGUCAGAUGCCGACAUUGGGGCCAAGACGCGCAUAUGCGAAGUUCUGGGCGAGGUCGAGAAGCAAUUUACCGAGGCACUAACCUCCCAAUCAUCAUCUCUUUGUCGGGUGGAAGUGGCUCUCCAGGAGCAAAUCCUAACUGGGAUGCCGAACCCGCGAGUGCUGCAUAGGAAGUAUCAAGACUGGACCCAAGCAGCUACAGAGGUCCAUCAGGAAUACACAGGUUGGGCUUGGAAUACCUACCAUGCCUUCUGCCGCUAUUUCGGCACCGCUUCUCCAAGCGCCCGCAACCAUCAAGAUCGCAACUGGAAUAACGAACUGUUCGAGGAGAUGACGCAGGAUUAUUUGGGCCUCUUGAACAUCUGGCCUGACUCUCCCGGCGAUCAAAGACUACUCGACGACCUAUCCGCAGAGACGCAAAGGUGCCUCCAGCGCUCAUUCGAGCUGAUGGACGAAAUCUCGCACCUCUCUCCAUCCAUAAAAACCCUUCGCAGAUCUGUCAUUCCCAGAUGCAGGGUCCUUGUCCGCGCCCUCGACGAUGUCCAGGCGGAGUUCUACGAACGGUCUUAUAAUCUCCAAGCAGAUCUGACCGGCGGCCAUCGGUCAUCCAUCAUGGGGGAGACUAUGGAGUCCACAUAUAUCGCCUGUGCCCGCGAAUGCGGAACCGGCUCAGACAAGCGCCGCAAGGACAUGAUGAAAAGAAAAGUGGGCGACAAGGCCACCUUCUCGACAGCCUACCAGACCGUCAGCAAGCGCUUCGAGGCCAUCGCCGAGGACGCCAUAGCCAAGAUGUCGGACCACGCGCGGGACUUCCUCAUCGGCGCCCGGCACGACAUCGACAUGGUCCGCGGCGAGAACGCUGUGCAAGAGGCGGAAAGGGACGUGGUCUUUUACGCCCGCGCCGCGGCCGCCGUCGACGAGGCCGCUCGGAGGCUGAAUGCAGUUCAGCUGCAGAUGCAUAAUCUUGGCCGGUAAUGGACUCCAUUCUAGCAGCUCCAGACUUUCUUCCAAGCAAAUAGAGUGUGUGUUUUUCUCCAGAGGGGGUCAGCAGGGCGGGGACCCGCAGGUAUCUUCCUAUCUACUCAGCUUGUUUUUGUUAUUGGCUUGCUUCGUGUUUGCCUCGUCCAUCAUUACAGGUUCGUAGCCGAUUCGUAACUCCCUUCCCUCUCUACUACUACUGCGCGGCCUUAUAGCAGGACUAGCACCGCAUUUACUCGCUUUGGACAGGGCACACCGCAUUACAAUUUUUUUAAAAAAACCUUUUGGCAAACAUACAACACCGAGGAUUCCCCAGUGGUCACCCACCGGAGUACUAGUUCGGCCCUUAUAUGUUUUAGUACUGG